GAGCCCAGGGUGGGUGGGGGCUGGGCUGGCAAGGGUGUGCCAUAUGCAUGCAGAGGGCAAGCCUGGGGUCCCUGAGGCAGGACCGGCUGCCAGCAGGUUUCGCUCUGUCCAGCCCACCUGCCCUUCUCUGGCAUCAGGUUAAAUAUGAGCAUGCCCGUGUGUGGUGGGGUGCGCUGCGCUAGGCAACCCUCCAGGGCAGUGAGACGCUGUCCUCUGCGUCUGUCAGUGCCAGCCACAGGCAGCAUGGCUGCUUCCCAAGUGGGCGCAAGACUUCCUGCCAGCGGCUUCACCCUAACCCCUGGAGUGAGGCUUAGUUGGGUCCGAGGAGCACGGGACUGAGGGGAGACAGGGUGGCCCUACUUGCCAGCCCAUCCCCAUUGCUCUGCCCCCUCUUCAUGUGGACUUGCGCCACCAAGUACCCAGACAGCCCUCCCAUCCCCACCAGAGCUGUCAGAGCAGCAAGUCUGGACCCCUGGCGGUGAGUGAGGACAAAGGUCAGAGAGACGGAGGUGCCAAGGUGCUGCCCCUCCCCCAGGUGAUCUGCAGCAGCGGUGGCUUGCAGGUGUGAGAUGGGGCCUCCAGACUGGGAUGGUGCCCCUGAAGGGGACAGGCCUUCCUGUCAAUUAGGCAAGGGGUCUCCACCAUAGCACCCCACCUCCCUGCCCUGUGUCCCUGCCCUUGUAGCCCUGGGCCCCUAUGACCCACCUGCACCAUGGAGAGCUGGCCGUAGGCCCAGUGCACAGGGCUAAAUGGACUGGGGCCACCCUCGCCAGGCCAGCCUGUAGGGUUGCAGGGUGAGCGAGGCACUGCUGGGCGCUCCGUCCCUGGGUUGGCUCCUGCCCACAGGCCGCCUAGCUGGAGCCCAACUCUGCUCAACCUCUCUCUGCCCUCAGGGCCCCCUCCUCCCAGGCUGCUCCUAGAGCAGGGCCGGGUAGGGCCGGGCAGUGUGGAGUGCCUGGCAGGCAGACUGCCCCCCCUCCGGCCCCGCCCAGGCAGCCACAACUCCCAACCACAUCCUUUGGGGUUUGGCCUCCAGAGCUGGGGCGGAUGGCCCCCAAAUAGCCCUGGCAGUGUCCCCUGUGACCCGCCUGCACCACUCAGUGCCCCCUCACUGGGGCACAGCUGGAGGGUAUAAACGGCGCUGGCGGCUACACGGGGCAGAGCAGCACCACACACCAUGAGGGCCCUCGUACUCCUCGCUCUGCCGGCCCUGCUUGCCCUCCUCCUCGCUGGCCAGACAGAUGCAAAGCCCAGCGCAGAGUCCGGCAAAGAUGCAGCCUUUGUGUCCAAGCAGGAGGGCACCGAGGUGGUGAAGAGACCCAGGCGCUACCUGGAUUAUGGGAUGGGAGGCCCGGCCCCAGCCCCCUACCCAGAUCCCCUGGAGCCCAAGAGAGAGAUGUGUGAGCUCAGCGCGGACUGUGACGAGCUGGCUGACCACAUCGGCUUCGCGGAGGCCUACAGGCGCUUCUACGGCACGGCCUAGGCGUCCCCGCGGGCCCUGCACAGCCCCGCCCUGUCUCCUUUCCAAGACCCCGGGCCUCCCCUCGCCCUGCCCCUGCUGUCCUGCCCGUGUGGGGUCUCCAUCACCCCAGCUGCUCCAAAAUAAACUCCAGAAGAGGAA